AUGGAAUUAGAUGAGGAGGUCUCAAACAUUAUCAACAAUAACGACUUAUUGGAAAAUUUUUUGAAAGAAGUGAUGGGAAAAUUCGAUAUUGGUGAACAGGUAAAACAAAAUGUCGAUUUUUUGAAGCAGGAAGGUGCAAAAAUGGCAGAGACGAUAAAGGAAUAUGAUGAAAGAUUUUCAAAAGUAUUCACCAGCUUGGAGAAGAGUCUGAAUGCGUUCCACCAAAUUGGCGUACCUGAUAUUGUGAGUGUUUCCCCCAUCGAGAUAAUUGAUGUGUAUGAGGAGCCCAAAGUGGCGCCCCCUCUGAGCACCCCCAAAGAGGGUGCGCUGAGCUCGGCCGUUAUACUGAAGAAGCCCCUCUAUACGACCAGGCAGCCCGUCGCCAUGAAGAAAGUCACCCAGUACGGGGGUCAGCCGACAACAAGGCCAGGCCCAGUGUCACCAACGAAAAGACGUAUGAUUUUGGAUGUGGAGAUGAAACUGCAGAAAAAACAGAUGAAAGUCAAGUGA